AGGGGGAGGUCGGGUGACUGAAAGGGUGACCCUCACUCUCCAGCUACAAAGUGAAACUAACAAGCGCUGCCUGGAGUGAAGCAAACACUUUGGGAACUAUCAGGAACAAUCAAAAGAAAUGUGUUUUGUUCCUGUGGCGAAGGUUGUGGUAUUUUUAGAACAGCUGUGAUCGAGUUGUUGGUUUUUUUUGCUGCCGGAUGUCAGCCAUCUUUUUCCGUAACGUAAAAAAAGGAUUUAAUGACGUUCAUGCUUGUUUCUAUGGUAACACUGUGCUUUGCGAGCCUUUGAAGUGACUGAUGGCGAGCCAAGCCAGCUCCAAGUCCAAGCCCUCUUCACCAAUGAGCAGCGGCGGGGACAUGGCCCCUCCUCCAAGAGCCAAUCAGAGGACGUUUUUAGACGACAUCAUCCUGACCUUCAGCUCGCCCAUGGCGUGGCUGCUGGUGGUGGCUCUCGUCAUCACGUGGUCAGCUGUGGCCGUCGUUCUCUUUGACCUGCUCGACUACAAAACGCUUGCAGGCCUCCCACCUCCCCCCGCCAUCGCCAAGCGAGGUUUGAAGGCCAGAGGAGGCGUCCGCCCAAUAAGGUCCCCCAUCAGCGAGGUGGUCGCCCCGCAGGAGAGCACCGACUGGUUGGAGUUGAUGUGGACGUUUGCGGCCAGCUUGGUGGCCCCGGACGACGAUGACGUUGACGAGGGUGUGGAAGGUAUUCACCAGCUAACUGAAACCUUCACAUCUUUGCACUCCGAGGAACUUUGAAGGCGGGGCAACGUGGAAGCAGGGAAUGUUGAGAAGAGAAGAUGUACAGUAUAAAUCACAGUAUAAAUCGCAGAAAUACUGGAAAGUAUUCAAUAAAAACAGCUAAGAGAAGUCCUUACUAUCGCUUACAUGAGUUGUUUAAUUACCAACAAUAAAAGGUAUGAAAUUAUGUGAGCUACAGUGCUACCAUUACACAUUUUAACAGGCUGAACAAAAAGUCAAUGAGCAAACCUACAGCUCCCAUAUCUGUUUUAAGAUGUGUAGUGAAGCCUGAAGAAGGAGGGUUUUUUUGCUCAUGAAAACCAGGGAAUUUAAAAAACGAGCAUUUUUUCUAUCAAAAGUGGAGGCCGAUAAGAUUUUUCUCAUGUUUGGUGCUCAUAAACCAGCUCUAAGGACACAUAACACUCCUGAUUAA